AUGUGGAGCGUGAGGCUCCAUUCCUCCCCGCUGAGCGGUCUUGCAAUCCGCAGACCUCUGUCGACUCUUCGCGGCAGAAGCACUCGUCUCGGUCCGCGCAGCAGCAUCGCAAGGCCGGGACGCAUUCCCCAAGCUCGGAAACCAGACGAGACGCCACAGCCAUCAGAGACACCGGUCUCAGAAUCCCAAGAUACUAUCAAUACAAACUAUGAUCCUUCGCAAAAUACCCUCCUCUCACCUGUCUAUCUCCCAGAAGACCCUAAUGGCGUCCUCAAAGAAACUCAUCCUGCGACAAAACUGCUGGCCAACUCCGCGCUGGUGGUGCAGCGACAACUGGAGAUGAUGAACGUCAUGAUUGGUUUCGAACAGGCGAACAAGUAUGUCAUCAUGGAUGCGCAGGGGAAUCACAUUGGAUACAUGGCGGAGCAAGAGAAGGGCAUGGCUAAUGCCAUGGCACGCCAAUGGUUCCGCACACACCGGAGCUUCGUGACACAUGUGUUUGAUAAACAUGAGAACGAGGUGCUACGGUUUAAUCGCCCAUUCUCAUGGAUCAAUUCUCGGAUCCAAGUCUACGAUCCCCUAGAUACCAAUGCUGCCUCAUCCUCAUACUCUACAUCCCCCCAACCAACGACACCAGGUGCCUUGGUCCAAGCUGACGUUUCCUCCAAUGCGCGCGUCUCCCCGCUGGACUUUGCCCAGAUGCGAGUUAUUGGCGAAGCGCAGCAGCAAUGGGCACCCUUGCGGCGGAAGUACAAUCUAUUCACAUAUCACCAAUCGCCAACUUCCGCCAUGGACAUGGGUACUCGGAGCUUCCCCCUCGCCGGAUCUGGCUUGUCCAAACAGCAGCAGUUGCAGCUCGCCCAGGAUGCUAGCCAAGGUCCAGGGGAAUUUAACCAAUUUGCCUAUGUCAACGAGCCGUUCUUGUCCUGGGACUUUUCUCUACUAUCAGCAGAAAAUCAACUGAUUGGAUCUGUGAACCGCAACUUUGCUGGAUUCGCCCGAGAGAUUUUCACCGACACGGGUGUGUAUGCAUUGCGCAUGGAUUCUGCUGGAGCUGGCACCGAAGCAUCGGCAAAUCAGGGCAACACCACACCUGGGAUGACCCUAGACCAACGAGCAGUGAUGCUCGCUACCGCUGUCAGCGUUGAUUUCGACUACUUCAGUCGUCACAGUGGAUCAGGUGGAUUUGGGUUCUUGCCCCUUUGGUUCCCCGGAGUUGGUGGCGAAGCUGCGGCUGGAGGAGCAGCCGCGGGAGAGGCUGCGGGGGCCGUUGGUGGUGCUGCCGCUGGCGGUGCAGCUGCUGGAGAAGCCGGUGCACUUGGUGAGGUAGCAGCCGGUACGCUUGGACGAGCAACCGCUGCUGGUGGUAUGGCAGAUGGUUUAGCUGCGGGCGCUGCGGGCGCUGGUGCCAUGGCUGGAUACGAAGCCAUGCAAAGGGGUAUGUCGGGGAACCAGGCGGCCGAGGCCCCUGCGCCCGGUCAGUCUACCAUGCCUCCGCCGGAUCAGCAGUUCCCAGGGCAGCCUGGCGAGUCUGAAGAUGUAUGGGCCGAGGAAAGCCCAGAGGACCCUUGGGGUGAAGACGAAUUCGUUGAUCCUUGGGGUGAUGAAGGAUCUGAUGAAGGAGGCGGUGAUGAUUUUGACUUUUUCUAA